AAGUAACUUUAAGGCGGUCACUCCACACCGGCUAUUCGCAUUCUUUUUGGCAAACAGGCGCCAAAUUCUGUAGUUUAUUUAAACGAUUUUAAAACCCCACCAUGCAGGCCAAAGCAACCGAAAGCAGGCAGGAGCCGACGCUGCAUAUGGAUACAAAUGCGCGUCGCAAUUUCAUCAAAGCCCACGCGAAGCUGGGCGAGAAACCCAGCAGCACAGUGCGAUUCUUCGACCACUCGGACUGCUAUACCGUCCAUGGAAGCGAUGACUGCGAGCUGGUGGCCAAAGUUGUCUACAAAUCCACGGCCUACGUCGGAGCCCUCAUUCCGGAUGACAAAAAGGAGACGCUUCAGUUUGUUUCCUUGUCCAAGAACAAUUUUGAGCUGGCCGUGCGUGAGCUGCUCCUGGUGCGCAAUCUCCGGGUGGAGGUCUUUGUGAAGCAAGCCACAGAUUGGAAACUGGAGUAUCGCGGUUCGCCGGGAAACCUGUUGCAGUUCGAGGACAUUCUUUUUGCCAAUAAGGAGGUGUUGGUGGGUAACAGCAUUAUAUCGCUGUUGGUCAAGUUGGAGGGCGGGGCGCAGCGUCGUGUGGGCGUGGCCAGCGUGGAGCAAAACGACUGCCAGUUCCAGUUGCUGGAGUUUUUGGACGACGAUUUCUUUACGGAAUUGGAGGCGACUGUGGUGUUGUUGGGCCCAAAAGAGUGCCUGCUGCCCAGCCUGGAUGGCGAAUACGCGGCCGUGAAAACUUUAUUGGAACGCAACGGGGUUAUGAUCACGGUUCCCAAAAAGAGCAGUGCCAACGAUCUGAUUCAGGAUUUGAAUCGUUUGCUUCGGUUUGCCAAGGGGCAGCAGGAAGACGCCACAGGUCUCAAGGAGUUGCAGCUGCAGUUGGCCUCUGACGCUCUGAAGGUGGCUAUUAAGUACUUGGAUUUGGUCAACGAUCCCGGAAACUUGGGUCAUUACGAAUUAAAACAACUAGAUCUGAAGCGCUUUGUUCAUUUGGACUCUGCUGCCGUGGCGGCAUUGAACAUCAUGCCCAAGCCGGGAACACAUCCCUCUAUGCCUUCGUACCGUUGGCAGAGCAUCCUGGGGGUGCUGGACCACUGCCGCACACCGCAAGGUCAUCGUCUUAUGGGUCAAUGGGUGAAGCAGCCACUACGGCGCCGCGAAAUUCUCACCGACCGACACAACGUGGUGGAGUGCUUGUUGGAGGCACCGGAUACGCUGGAAACCCUGAGCUUAGAUUAUCUAAAGCGUAUACCAGAUAUCCUAAUGCUGACCAAAAAGCUAAUGCGACGCAAGGCCACGUUGCAGGACUUGUUCCGCAUCUACCAAGUUAUCCUGCGCACCCCGAAGAUCCUAAAGGUACUGUUUGAGCUGGAGAACUCCACGGUGGAGAGCAUGAUUUGUGCACCCUUCAAAAGCUUCCUGGAGGACCUAACAGGUCUUAAGCAAAUGGUCGAGCAGGUGGUUGACUUCGAGGCCAUCGAAAGGGGUGAGUACCUGGUAAAGGCUUCCUUCGACAGUCGCUUGAUGGAGUUGCAACAGACCAUGACCGAGUUGUAUUCAAAAAUGGAGCGACUGCAGACAAAGUGCAGUGAGGAGCUGAAUCUGGAUGGCAAGCAGCAGGUGAAGCUGGAGAAUGUGGCCAAGCUGGGGCAUCAUUUUCGCAUUACCCUCAAGGAUGACUCUGUGCUGAGGAAGAAUAAAAACUACCGCAUUGUGGACGUGAUCAAGGGCGGCGUCCGCUUCACCUCUGACAAGUUGGAGAGCUAUGCUGAAGAGUUUGGAAGCUGCCGCACUCGCUACGAAGAACAGCAGCUCUCUAUCGUAGAAGAGAUCAUCCAGGUGGCCGUGGGCUACGCUGCUCCUCUCACAUCCCUUAACAACGAACUGGCCCAGCUCGACUGUCUGGUCAGCUUCGCCAUUGCUGCCCGAAGUGCUCCCAUCCCCUAUGUACGUCCCAAAAUGCUGGAAGAAGGCGCGGGCCAGCUUGUUCUUGAGGAUGUUCGCCAUCCCUGCUUGGAGCUGCAGGAACAUGUCAGCUUUAUUGCCAACAGUGUGGAGUUCAAGAAGGACAAAUGUAACAUGUUCAUCAUAACUGGUCCAAACAUGGGUGGAAAGAGCACCUACAUUCGCUCCGUAGGCACUGCUGUGCUGAUGGCGCACGUGGGUGCCUUUGUUCCUUGCAGUUCGGCCACCAUCACUAUGGUCGACUCCAUCCUGGGACGCGUUGGAGCCAGUGAUAAUAUCAUCAAGGGCCUUAGCACUUUCAUGGUUGAAAUGAUAGAAACGUCGGGAAUAAUCAGGACUGCCACCGAAAAAUCUUUGGUGAUCAUUGACGAACUUGGCCGUGGCACCUCCACCUACGAGGGCUGCGGCAUUGCCUGGUCAAUAGCAGAGCACCUGGCCAAGGAGACCAAGUGCUUCACUUUGUUCGCCACCCACUUCCACGAGAUUACCAAGCUGGCCGAGAGUUUGGCAACCGUGAAGAACUGUCACAUGGCCGCCGUUGCGGACGCCGAUAACUUUACGCUGCUUUACCAAGUGCGUCCAGGGGUGAUGGAGAAGAGCUUUGGCAUUCAAGUGGCUCGACUGGCGAGUUUUCCCGAGCACGUCGUCCAGAAUGCCCAGGAGGUGUACAACGAGUUCGAGGAUGAGCAUGCCGGGAAGCAGAAGGAGGAGGACAAGGCCUUGCUGGAGAAGAUUCAAGUUGCCAUUGAACAGCUUUCCACGGCUGGCAACAACACGGAUAUCAAUGUGGAGGACCUGACCCAGCUGGUGACAAAGUUUACGAAGGACAUCAAGAAACUGGACAGCGAUUACUUUAAAUCCGUGCUGGCCACCAGUGAGGCUUAGAAGAGAGGCAGAGGUAUUUAUAAUGAUCAGCCAGUAUUACUCUCGAGAGGCACGAUAUUCCCUAUUCUAAUAAUUAUAAUUUUUAGCUUUAAGAAUCUCAUAAACUUAAAACACAUGUUUCUACUUUGGUAACCUUUUUGUAAAAGAAAUAUGUAUACGAAGAGCUUUUAACUCGAAGAGAAUUUUUUUUGUAAACGUUCAACAAAUAUAUGAAAAUGUCAAAAAUCA